UUCAGUGAAUCAGAACAAUGACUGCGCCGCCGGGUCCCCGGGAGCGCGUUGGAGGACUGUGAGCUGCCGCUGCCGGGAGAGCGGCGGGCGGCGCAGCCUGUGCGGCGCGGUGUCAACGCCGGCUUCGGGAGCCUCCAGCGCAGAACCUGCCCAGCGUCCACAGCCCGCUCGGAGCCGCGGGGCUCCGGCGCUGCAGCCGCUCCUCAGGAGCUGUGCAUUGUUGUGAUCGGGAGAAGGGGCGCGGGGAUUACAAAGCCUGAAGACCCCGGAGCCCCCGGUAGCCAUGUGGAUACCUACGGAGCACGAGAAAUACGGCGUGGUUAUUGCCAGUUUUCGAGGAACCAUACCAUAUGGCCUGUCAUUGGAAAUUGGAGACACAGUUCAGAUCCUGGAGAAGUGUGAUGGCUGGUACAGAGGAUUUGCCUUAAAAAACCCAAAUAUCAAGGGUAUAUUUCCUUCCAGCUAUGUUCAUUUGAAAAAUGCCUGUGUAAAAAACAAAGGACAAUUUGAAAUGGUUAUUCCCACUGAAGACUCCGUUAUCACAGAAAUGACAUCAACGUUAAGAGACUGGGGAACCAUGUGGAAACAGCUCUAUGUGAGAAAUGAAGGUGAUCUCUUCCACCGGCUGUGGCACAUCAUGAAUGAAAUCCUGGAUCUCCGGCGGCAGGUGCUGGUGGGCCAUCUCACCCAUGACCGCAUGAAGGAUGUGAAGCGCCACAUCACUGCCCGCCUGGACUGGGGCAAUGAACAACUGGGACUGGACCUGGUGCCUAGGAAAGAGUAUGCAAUGGUGGAUCCCGAAGACAUCAGCAUCACUGAGCUCUACCGAUUGAUGGAACAUCGGCAUCGGAAGAAGGACACUCCAGUGCAGGCCAGCAGUCACCACCUGUUUGUCCAGAUGAAGAGCCUCAUGUGUUCCAACCUGGGAGAGGAGCUAGAGGUCAUCUUCUCUCUCUUUGACAGUAAAGAGAAUCGACCAAUCAGUGAGAGGUUUUUCUUGAGGCUGAAUAGGAAUGGGCUUCCGAAAGCCCCAGAUAAGCCAGAACGACACUGCUCUCUCUUUGUGGAUUUGGGUAGCAGUGAGCUAAGAAAGGACAUUUUUAUCACAGUGCACAUUAUCAGGAUUGGUCGAAUGGGAGCAGGAGAAAAAAAGAAUGCCUGCAGUGUGCAGUAUCGGCGACCUUUUGGCUGUGCAGUUCUUAGCAUUGCUGACCUGCUGACAGGAGAAACAAAGGAUGACCUCAUCCUGAAAGUGUACAUGUGUAACACAGAGAGCGAGUGGUACCAAAUCCAUGAGAACAUCAUCAAAAAGUUGAAUGCACGUUAUAAUUUGACUGGCUCCAAUGCAGGUUUGGCAGUUUCCCUACAGCUAUUGCAUGGAGACAUAGAACAAAUCAGAAGAGAAUAUUCAUCCGUAUUUUCUCAUGGAGUGUCCAUAACAAGGAAGUUGGGUUUUUCUAAUAUUAUUAUGCCUGGUGAAAUGAGGAACGACUUGUAUAUCACCAUAGAGAGGGGAGAAUUUGAGAAAGGAGGGAAGAGUGUGGCCAGAAAUGUGGAAGUUACCAUGUUCAUUAUAGACAGUAGUGGCCAGAAUUUAAAGGAUUUUAUCUCCUUUGGCUCUGGAGAGCCUCCAGCCAGCGAGUACCACUCAUUUGUGCUUUAUCAUAACAACAGUCCCAGGUGGGCUGAACUGCUGAAACUUCCCAUUCCUGUGGAUAAAUUCAGGGGCGCACACAUCCGCUUUGAGUUUCGGCAUUGUUCUACCAAGGAGAAAGGAGAAAAGAAGUUGUUUGGUUUCUCUUUUGUCCCCCUGAUGCAGGAAGAUGGCAGGACUCUUCCAGACGGCACCCAUGAGCUCAUUGUGCACAAGUGUGAAGAAAAUACAAACCUUCAGGAUACUACCCGCUACCUCAAACUUCCCUUUUCCAAGGGCAUUUUCCUUGGGAAUAAUAAUCAAGCCAUGAAGGCUACAAAGGAAUCUUUUUGGAUAACAUCUCUUCUCUGUUCCACAAAGCUCACACAAAAUGGUGAUAUGCUUGAUCUUUUGAAAUGGAGAACCCACCCAGACAAGAUCACAGGCUGUCUCUCGAAGUUAAAAGAAAUCGAUGGCUCAGAGAUAGUGAAGUUUCUGCAAGAUACACUGGAUACCUUAUUUGGAAUUUUAGAUGAAAAUUCCCAAAAAUAUGGGUCUAAAGUAUUUGAUUCUUUGGUUCACAUAAUAAACUUGCUGCAAGAUAGCAAAUUUCAUCACUUCAAACCUGUAAUGGACACUUACAUUGAGAGUCAUUUUGCUGGGGCCCUUGCAUACAGAGAUCUCAUCAAAGUGCUCAAGUGGUAUGUGGACAGGAUCACAGAGGCAGAGCGCCAGGAGCACAUCCAGGAGGUGCUGAAGGCACAAGAGUACAUUUUUAAAUACAUAGUGCAAUCUCGAAGGCUCUUCUCCCUGGCCACUGGUGGGCAGAAUGAAGAGGAAUUCCGCUGCUGCAUUCAGGAGCUCCUCAUGUCCGUCCGCUUCUUCCUUUCACAAGAGAGCAAAGGGUCUGGAGCGUUAUCUCAGUCCCAGGCUGUGUUCCUGAGCUCCUUCCCAGCUGUGUAUUCAGAACUGUUGAAGCUGUUUGAUGUCCGGGAAGUGGCCAACUUGGUUCAGGAUACUCUGGGCAGUCUGCCGACCAUCAUGCACGUAGACGAUUCCUUGCAAGCCAUUAAACUACAGUGUAUCGGAAAAACAGUGGAAAGCCAGCUUUACACCAACCCAGACUCCCGGUACAUUCUCCUGCCUGUCGUGUUGCAUCACCUCCACAUCCACUUGCAAGAGCAGAAGGACUUGAUCAUGUGCGCUCGUAUCCUUAGCAACGUAUUUUGUCUCAUCAAGAAAAAUAGCUCAGAAAAAUCGGUGCUGGAGGAGAUAGACGUGAUCGUGGCCAGCCUGCUGGACAUCCUGCUGAGAACCAUCCUGGAGAUCACCAGUCGGCCCCAGCCCUCGGGCUCCACCAUGCGGCUCCAGUUCCAGGAUGUCACUGGGGAAUUUGUUGCUUGUCUCCUGUCCCUUUUACGGCAAAUGACAGAUAGACAUUAUCAACAGCUCCUUGACAGUUUCAAUACAAAGGAGGAAUUAAGGGACUUCCUGCUGCAGAUAUUCACAGUGUUCCGAAUACUGAUUCGCCCGGAGAUGUUCCCGAAGGACUGGACCGUUAUGCGCUUGGUUGCUAACAACGUUAUUAUUACAACAGUUCUGUACCUCUCUGAUGCACUUCGUAAGAAUUUCUUAAAUGAAAACUUUGAUUAUAAGAUCUGGGAUUCCUACUUUUAUCUCGCAGUCAUUUUUAUAAACCAGUUAUGUCUACAAUUGGAGAUGUUCACACCUUCCAAAAAGAAAAAGGUAUUAGAAAAGUAUGGUGACAUGCGGGUCACAAUGGGUUGUGAAAUUUUCAGCAUGUGGCAGAACCUAGGAGAGCACAAGCUUCAUUUUAUCCCUGCCCUGAUUGGCCCCUUCCUUGAAGUGACCUUGAUACCCCAGCCCGAUCUCCGGAAUGUCAUGAUUCCUAUUUUUCAUGACAUGAUGGACUGGGAGCAGAGGCGGAGUGGCAACUUUAAACAGGUGGAAGCCAAGCUGAUUGACAAGUUGGAUAGCCUGAUGUCAGAAGGCAAAGGUGAUGAAACUUACCGGGAGCUCUUCAACAGUAUUCUACUAAAGAAAAUUGAGCGGGAAACAUGGAGGGAAAGUGGUGUUUCAUUAAUUGCCACUGUUACCCGUCUAAUGGAGAGGUUGUUGGAUUACAGGGACUGCAUGAAAAUGGGAGAGGUAGAUGGCAAAAAGAUUGGCUGCACAGUUAGCCUUCUGAACUUCUAUAAGACUGAACUGAACAAGGAGGAGAUGUAUAUACGCUACAUCCACAAACUCUACGACCUGCAUCUCAAAGCCCAGAACUUUACAGAGGCAGCAUAUACUCUCCUGUUGUAUGAUGAGCUACUGGAGUGGUCUGAUCGGCCCCUCAGGGAGUUCCUAACCUACCCCAUGCAAACGGAAUGGCAACGCAAGGAGCACCUGCACCUCACCAUCAUCCAGAACUUCGACAGAGGCAAAUGUUGGGAGAAUGGCAUUAUCUUGUGCCGGAAGAUUGCAGAGCAGUAUGAGAAUUAUUAUGACUACAGGAACCUGAGCAAGAUGAGGAUGAUGGAGGCCUCUUUGUAUGAUAAAAUUAUGGACCAGCAACGCCUGGAACCGGAGUUCUUCAGAGUCGGAUUUUAUGGGAAAAAAUUUCCUUUUUUCUUGAGAAAUAAGGAGUUUGUGUGUCGAGGGCAUGACUACGAGAGGCUGGAGGCCUUCCAACAGAGAAUGCUGAAUGAGUUCCCCCAUGCCAUCGCCAUGCAGCACGCCAACCAGCCCGACGAGACCAUCUUCCAGGCAGAAGCUCAGUACCUGCAGAUCUACGCUGUCACUCCCAUGCCAGAGAGCCAGGAGGUGCUGCAGAGAGAGGGUGUGCCGGACAACAUCAAAAGUUUCUAUAAAGUGAACCACAUCUGGAAAUUCCGCUAUGACCGACCAUUUCACAAAGGCACGAAGGACAAAGAGAACGAAUUCAAGAGUCUCUGGGUGGAGAGAACAUCGUUGUACCUGGUGCAGAGUUUGCCCGGCAUUUCCCGCUGGUUUGAAGUGGAGAAGCGUGAAGUGGUAGAAAUGAGUCCUUUGGAAAAUGCAAUUGAAGUGUUGGAAAAUAAGAAUCAACAGCUGAAGACUCUGAUUGGUCAAUGUCAAACACGACAGAUGCAGAAUAUCAACCCCCUGACCAUGUGCCUGAACGGAGUCAUCGAUGCUGCAGUCAACGGUGGAGUGUCCAGGUACCAAGAGGCAUUCUUUGUCAAAGAAUAUAUCUUAAGUCACCCUGAAGAUGGGGAGAAAAUUGCACGAUUAAGAGAGCUGAUGCUUGAGCAGGCACAGAUUCUGGAAUUUGGUCUGGCUGUGCAUGAGAAGUUUGUGCCUCAGGAUAUGAGACCCCUUCACAAAAAGCUGGUGGACCAGUUCUUUGUGAUGAAGUCGAGCUUAGGGAUCCAGGAGUUCACUGCUUGCAUUCAGGCCAGCCCUGUGCAUUUCCCUAACGGAAGCCCUCGUGUGUGCAGAAACUCCGCCCCUGCUUCUAUGAGCCCAGAUGGCACCAGGGUAAUUCCGAGGCGCAGCCCGUUAAGUUACCCAGCUGUCAACCGGUAUUCUUCCUCCUCACUGUCCUCACAAGCCUCUGCUGAAGUAAGCAAUAUUACAGGGCAAUCAGAAAGCUCUGAUGAAGUCUUUAACAUGCAGCCAAGUCCAUCUACCUCAAGCUUGAGUUCUACUCACUCUGCUUCACCUAAUGUGACAAGUUCUGCUCCAUCGAGUGCCAGAGCUUCCCCCUUGUUGUCUGACAAACACAAACAUUCCAGAGAAAACUCUUGCCUGUCCCCAAGAGAGAGACCAUGCAGUGCCAUUUAUCCAACACCUGUGGAGCCUUCUCAGAGGAUGCUGUUCAAUCACAUUGGAGAUGGGGGCUUACCACGCAGUGAUCCCAAUCUCUCUGCCCCUGAGAAAGCUGUGAAUCCCACUCCUAGCAGCUGGAGCCUGGACAGUGGGAAGGAAGCCAAGAACAUGUCGGAUAGUGGGAAACUUAUCUCUCCCCCUGUCCCUCCGAGACCCACACAGACUGCUUCACCAGCAAGACACACAACGACAUCAGUAUCCCCCUCACCUGCAGGACGAUCUCCAUUAAAGCAGCAGGGCUCCGUGCAGUCGUUCACCCCCUCGCCAGUGGAGUAUCACUCCCCGGUCCUGUCGGGCAGCUACAGCAGCGGGAUCUCUUCGCUCAGCCGGUGCAGCACGUCGGAAACCUCAGGCUUCGAGAAUCAGGUGAACGAACAGUCGGCCCCACCGUCUACGCCAGCGCCUGCACCUGCGCCCGGGUCGGGGCCGGCGCCUGUGCCCAGCUACAGCGGCGGACCGGAGGAGCCGGUGCGCAAGGAGAGCAAGACGCCGCCGCCGUACAGCGUGUACGAGCGGACUCUGCGGCGCCCGGUGCCGCUGCCGCACAGCCUGUCCAUCCCCGCCACCGCCGAGCCGCCCGCCUUGCCACCCAAGCCGCUGGCGUCGCGGCCCAGCCACCUGGAGAAUGGCACCCGGAGGACGGAGGCCGGCCCGCGGCCCAGGCCCCUGCCCAGGAAGGUCUCGCAGUUAUAAGUCCUGCGUUUACGAAGAGAGAGGGGUGGCGAGAAGACGUUUAGCGUAGGCACUUUAAUCACUUAACUCGGCUCUUUCCUUUAAAGGAAUGGGAUUUCGAAAAACCUGCUUAUUAACGUAGUGUUGCACAAUAUUAAAAAUUGCUGAUCUGAGACGCCAGAGGUUCCAUGAAGUGUGGCCGAAAUGCAUUGAAAUGGUCUCAUUGGACUGUGGUAAAUAGCGAAAAAGACUCCUUUUGUACCUUUUUACGUUCACCGUUUUUACGUCGCUCGAUCUUCAGUCCAAUCCGAUAUUGUCAACCAAUGCGAUGCGUGAUAAUGUUGUAUGCUUUUCACUGAAUACUUGAUACUCCCAGAAAGCUUAUGAAGUCAGUGCACAUGCUAACACGAUGGGCCUGAUGGUAAAUCAGGUGAGGAAUUCGCAUCCUGGGAAUUAAAGGGUAAGGCACUUAAGGGGUUGCAAGGACUGGGACUGAAGGUUGGUUUGUUCUUGAAGCAAAACCCUUCCUUAAGGUUGCUGUUGACCUUUGACAGCCUACAUUCUUAAAACUCCACUUUGUGAGUUGGUUGCUAAAUUCCUAGAACGCUGACACCUUGGUAUCUCCUGUAUUUCUUUUCAAGGUGCAGUUUGCUUUCAGAGUUCCAAUCAGCUAAAUUAAACAAAAGACCCCAGGAGAAAUGUUUACUUGAAUUUUGUGCUUCCUUACUUGAUGAUUUCCUAUGUAAAAUAUGUCACUGAAGAACAAACGUUCAAGUAUUUCAACAGGCACAAAUGACUGUGUCCCGUUAACAGGAAUUCAGGAAUCAAUACAGGACAGUAUUAGAUCAAUAGCGUAGAUGAAGGAAAAAACCUUGGCGAAAAUAUAUUCAGCAUGACUAAAUGGCAAAAGGACUUUGAAAAAGCAAGGGCAUUAGCUUUCAGUCCUGCACAAAAAUUAGGAAUUCCUCACAGCUCUGGGGAGCUUGUCUUCUCAGCUGAUCCUGUGUCCCUUUGUCCAAGGGGGUGGCUGUAGACCACAGUAGCUUGAAUGUUGCAACGUAGCGUCUUAGCUCUAGAUAGGGAUGCCAGAGCCACCGCUGUAGGAGUGUGGGAAAAGCACCUUGUCUGUAGUAAUGUAUUUUGUAUCUUUAUUUUUUUCUUUCACUGACUGUUUAUAAUAUAACACUCAAUUGACAAUAGAUAUGAACUGUAUUUUAAAUCAUACUGUUAAAUAUUUUCCCUCUUUUGUUGGGAAGCUCAUUUCAGUUUAACUGUGUUUGUUUUGUGGAUAGCUUACCUGGAAGGCAGUGACCACUUUUUUAUACUCUCUUAAUGAAACCAUUCAGCAGGUAUAUGCUGUUGAGGCUGGUUAUAGAGGUUUUCUAUAAUAAAUGUUCAAGUAUUUUUGUACAUAACUGGUUAAUUUUAAUAAGAGAUACCAUUAUGUGUAAAAAAGUAAAAAUAAAAGCAAACAGUUGUGGAUGCAGUAUGAUUGUUAUAAUUAUGCCAAAUACUUUAUGUAUGGGAAAAAGAAUAUUUGUACAUAUGUGCUUUUAACAAUAAUUCUGCCAUAUUGACUUUACAAUUUUGAAUGUCAGAAAAAUUAAUAUAUGUUAAAAUAUUUAUGUUUAGUGAAAGUAUUCAUAAUUGAGAAAAGGAACAUAUGAAUUUUAGCUUUGUAUCUUGCAAGUUUUACAAUUGGAAUUUCUUGAAAUAGGCUUUGCUUUUGAUGAUAACAUUUUGUGUUUGUAAUUACAUCCUUAAAAAAUAUAUAUAUAUAUGUAUAGCAAACUCCAUAUUUCUGUUGCUUUAAAGUAAAACCUUCCAUUUAAAUAAGAUGACAUGCAUAAGAUAACAAAGCUUCUUUGAUUUCCUUUUCCUGUGUAAUUUAACAGAUCCCUUGACUAGUGCUUGGGCACAGUAUCAAUCAGUGUUAUUUGCUCCUGGAGCCUUUUUUUUUAAGUUUUUGGCAGUGAACAGUUGACUCAUGUGCGUGUAAUUCUGAAUCAGCUAUAUAGCAGAUUUCAAGAGAUUCUGUUAGCACAGAUGUUCAUGUUGGUUGCUGCUGAAUGGUAAAUAUUAAA